AUAUAUAAUUUAAAUGUAUACGGAGAGAGUUAUGUGAAUUAAUGAAUGAAUCGCAGGUGAAGUGAAUGCAUAUUGUGACGCCAUUUUGAUUCUCGACCCAUAAACGGAAAAGUGCUCGUCAGCAAAAAGGAUUACAAAAGCAAAAUGCCAACACAAUAAGAGUGACGAAAAUUAAACGGAAAGUCAAUAGUGUGAUUUCAAAUACUAAAAGAGUGUAGAGUGUUGGUUAAUGUGCGAGUUGAUCAGCAUAAAUGAUUAUGCAUGGUAGCUGGUACAAAGGAGCACAGCUGGCGCAUCAUCAUCCACACACCGAGUACCACAAUCAGUUCCGAUCGUAUCCCUCGUUCGUUGUGACGCCCUAUCACGAGGGACAUGCGGCCACGCCCUGUACGCCCACGCCCUGUACACCCUGUACGCCGUGCAGCAGCAGCAGCAGCAGCCACGGACUUCAGCAUGCCCAAAACGCAGCCGAGGCGUCGCCAAUAAUUGUUGAGGGCACAUUUGCUGCGGCCGCCGCUGCUGCAGCCGCUGCAGCUGCCGCCGUCGGUUGCAUAAAUCCAGCAAGUGGAACCGGAACCGGAACUGGAACACGCUCCGGAACGGGAACACUGCUGAGUCCAGCGAUUAAAAUUGAGCAGGUUUUUGGGGAGGCAACUGCUACAUCCACGCUAAACGCCGUUGUCGACGACUAUGCCCUGAAUCUGGACUGUCCUGUGGAGCAUCAGUUUCGGAAACCCCAACAUAACAACAACAACAACAACGGCUACGGCUGGUCAACAAGCGAAAUCGUCAACAGCAACAACAACAACAACAAUCAGCAUUCCUCACACCAAACCGCCGAAACCGGACCCGGGUCAGGACUAUUGCCGGGCUCAGCGCCAGCGACGCCGCCAACGCCGCCAGUUGAUGCCAGCCAAGCGACUGCGGCCGGAUCCGCAAUUAAUUUGAAUCAACCCGCAUCACAAACACGUCCCAGCUACGGCAAUUCCAUAAAAUCACCACCGGAAACAGGCGCGCAGUCAUUAACGGGCGCCGCUGCCACGUGCAAAACUCACGAUAGUAGCAACAACAACAACAACAAUAACAGCAAUUGCAACAGCAACAGCAACAACAAUUCAACUGCUGCUGCUGUGGCCGCCGCCGCUGCUGCUGCCGCUGCUGUCAACAUGCCGAUCGGCAGCGUGCAGGGACAGAAUCCCACCCAGGGUCUCGUCCACUGGAUGAGCGCCGUGAUGGCCGAGCAUAUGACCGGACAGACGCAUCACGAUCCCAGCGCCGCAGUUGGCAUGCACUACAUGUGGAAUGGCAAUGUCGAUCAUGCCAAGGAUAUUAGUGAUUACAAUCUUUGGCCACCGACGCCGCGCUCGCAUCAGCAUGCCAGCGAGCAUCAUCCGAUGUCCCUGAAACAGGAAUACGAGGCCAAAAUGAACGAUCACCACCAUCACAAUAAUCUGCAAAAAGGUCACUUUCUGGAUGACAAUCGUCUGGAGCAUCAUGCGGCAGUCGCCGGACAAGGUAGUCUGGGCCUUGGUGGCGCCACCAAUGGCGCUGGCUCUGGCCCUGGUGGUGGCAACUCUGGCUUAGGUGGCAGCUCGCAUCAUAGCAAUCAUGUGUCAGCAGCGGCUGCUGCCGCUGUGCAUCAUCAUAACAACGCCGUGGCAGCGGCAUCGGCUGCCGCGCUACUUGUCGUGCCCCAGCCCAUCAAUGCCAGUAAGAUGGGCGGACCUGGGGUGGGUGGCAGCGGUGGACAUGGACCCGCAGGCGGCGGCAGUGGACGGAAGUAUCAAUGCAAAAUGUGCCCGCAGAUCUUCAGCUCGAAGGCGGACUUGCAGCUGCACACACAGAUCCACAUGCGCGAAGCGAAGCCCUAUAAGUGCACACAAUGCUCGAAGGCGUUUGCCAACUCAUCGUAUCUGUCGCAGCAUACCCGCAUCCAUUUGGGCAUUAAGCCGUAUCGCUGCGAGAUUUGCCAACGCAAGUUCACGCAGCUGUCGCACCUGCAGCAGCACAUACGCACCCACACCGGCGACAAGCCAUACAAGUGCCGUCAUCCCGGCUGCCAGAAGGCCUUCUCCCAGCUCUCCAAUCUGCAGUCGCAUUCGCGCUGCCAUCAAACGGACAAACCGUUCAAGUGCAACUCCUGCUACAAGUGUUUCUCCGAUGAGCCCUCACUGCUGGAGCACAUACCCAAGCACAAAGAAUCGAAGCAUCUGAAGACGCACAUUUGUCAGUACUGUGGCAAAUCGUACACCCAGGAGACCUACCUGACCAAGCACAUGCAGAAGCAUGCGGAGCGCACUGACAAACGGCCACCGAUAGCGCCAGGCAGUGCAGCUGCUGUUGCUGCUGCCGCAGCCGCCGCCGCUGCUGCAGGCGGUCAGAGCAAUAAUGCGCCAGCAGCAACAGCAGCCAGCAACUCACAGCAUCAGCGGAAUAAUUUGGUGUUGCCGCCCGUUUCAAUAGCGCCCAGCGAUAACAACUAUUGGCCAAAAGUAAGUCCCGAUUCAGCAGCGGCGUCCAAUGCCAUGGAAGUCAUGCAUCAGCAACAGCAGCAACAACAACAGCAGCAACAGCAGCAGCAGCAGCAGCAACAGCAGCAGCAGCAGCAACAACAACAACAGCAACAACAGCAACAGCAGCCGCACCACCAUCACACGCAAUUGGGCGUGCCACCGCAGCAACAUGGCCCGCCGCAACAGCAACAACAGCCGCAACACCAUCACCCACAGCAACACACAGCACAGCAACAGCAGCAGCAACAACCACCGCCCCAGCAUGGCAUGGAGGCCCACUACGUACAACCCACAGCACCUAAUAGCAAUCAGAGCAAUGGCCAUCCGUCAGAGCAACUGCAUCAUCGCAUUAUGCCCGAACCUGUGCGAGAGGAUAUUGUAUCCACACCCAGCACUGUGGGGCCAUAUGAUGCGGCUUCAAUAGCGAAGAGCAGCAGCAACUCGGCCUUUACACCGAUCAAUUCGAUGCCGCCGCAUUUGAAUUCACUGAGCCACCAUCCGAUGGCGCAGCGUCCCUAUCUCUAUGAUGCCAUCAGUUUCCCCAAUAAGAACGUCAACCAGAAUAAUGCCAAUGCAUUUCCCAAUCAGCUGAUCUCGCUACAUCAGAUCCGUAACUAUGCGCAUCAGCCGGCGGGCCUGAUGGCCGGUGAGCAUCUGCUCGGCGUUAGUGUUGGGCCCGGCAAGGAUAAAGGAUAGCUAACACCGUACUUUUAAGUUGGCCACGCCCUACCCCCCGUUCUUUAUUACCUACCUAAAUGAUAUAUAUAUGAUAAACAUAUAUGAUAUUGUGUUGACCGCCGAUCUGUAUGCAAUACGAGCUGAGGUCCGUUUAUUAGUUUCUAUAAGAAGUCGCGUAUCCUGUACAGUAUUAAUUCGUAGUUAGUCCUAGUACGUAUUCUCUGCUCUAUUUAAGUUACGUAUACACACACACAUACAUGCACACACACACACUUAACUUAUAUAUAUAUUAUAACGCGUCAAGCAAAUCUGUAAAUUGCCAAUUAUACGUAUAAAUUAUUCUAGUUUAACUACACCGUCCACUUAAUUUUUAUACUAAAUUUCCGAAAUGCAGCUUUUGAUGGAACACUGGGACUGCAUGGCAACUAUUUUCGCUGAAUUUAUGUAGGUUGGUCAGCUGGAGCUACUUAUGAAGCAUAGGGACUUUUUUAGGACACUAAACUCUGAUGUAAAGAUAUAUUUAUAUUUUUUAGAUAUAUAUCACCCGGAACAAUGACUGGAUCAUUGUCUCUUCAGUUUUACAAAUGGAUUUCCAAUAACAACUUAAAAAUGUUUGUUUGUUUACUUUUCUGAAGAUUUUCGGCACCUUUUUUAUUUGAAAUACUAUUGGAUAUCUCUAUUAGCUUAAUCAAUCCAUAUAAAUUACAUUCCAUUGAAAAUAUUCUCUAUUGAGGUUUCUCAUGCUCCUCUAGCCUGCUCCUGUUAGCUAGCAAAAUUUGUCGACGUGUCAACUAUAUACAAUUUUAACAACAGCAGCAAACUAACACCUUUCCAACGACCAUUAAUUUUAAACUGUUUGAAUCCUCAGAACUCUCGAAUUGCAUAUGUAUAUAUUUAUCCGGCACGUUCUUAAGAUUAAGUUUAAUUCAAUGCGCAAAAACAGAUCUCGCAGUAAUAUUUAAAAUCAAACGACAGCUUUGAAAUCAAUGCUUAUGUGAAAUAUACUCUAUAAAGUAUAAACGAUAUGUACAUAUACAACUACUAAAGUUAGAACUGCAAAAACAUAAGUUAU